ACUGAAAACCGUUUGAAAGAGGAGAUUUACGUUGUAGAAAGCGGCACCUCGUAUCAAGGUUUUUUUGGUGUUUUGAACUAUACCUUAAUAAAGUGCUAGUUAUAAUAAUCUGUCGCAAUUUUGUGAAAUAAAACGCAUUGUAGUGACCUGAAACAUGUUUCGGUCAAAAAAAGACGUUGAUCGUCACGUUCAAGAUAUUUUUCGUAAACUGAAAAACGACAAUGAGAAACCAUACCGUUGUUAUAAUAUAGCUAAAUUAUAUUAUCAAGUAGGAGAUUAUGAAUCUGCCAAGAGAUAUGUAUCUUCUUACUUGGAAGUACGAGAAGAAUCACCAGGCGCACAUAAGUUAUUAGGUCAAACUCUUGAAGCGUUAGGAGAAAAAGAAGCAGCAUUUAAUCAAUAUAAGUUAUCUCUUGAAUUAGAUGCAAGUCAAAAUGAUUUAGUUUUAAAAGUUUGUGAAUUAUUGGUUGAUAUGGAUACUGGUACAGAUGUUAAUCGUAUAAGAUAUUGGGUAAAGAGAGCCGAUAAACAAUUUCCACAUCAUCCUAUAAUUUUCAAAUUAAAAGAGAAAAUGUUAAUGGCAGAAAGACCAAAUGAUAGUAGCGAAGAUCUUGAAGCUUUAAUUGCAUCCGAGUUAUCCAUCAGGCCAACAGAUGUCGACUUGCGUGUUAAAUUAAUUAAAUAUUAUAUGGCAAAACAAAGAUUAAAUGAUGCUUAUAAUCAUGCUGCUAACGUGGAAACAACAUAUUGUCACAGAAAUAGCAUUAUGUGGUAUCAAUCGCUGAGUGAGUUAUUGGGAAAAUGUAAAAAGAGCAAACAAGAUGAUUGGUCAUUUUGGGUGUUUUAUAUAUCCACAUUAGAAAGAUAUGCAGCACUUUCUUUGAAGGAGCAUGGCAAUGAAACAAUUAAAACAAUACAGGAAGCAACGCAAGCAGUAUUUAAUUUUGAUCAAGUUUUGACUGAAUUUAAAUCACAAAAUUUAUCUGAUUAUCCAACUUACACAGAAGAGAUGUUAACACAUAUGUGGGGUCAAUUGCAUUUUCAUUUAGCAUGUUUAUUAUUACGAAAAACUAAAAGAGAACAAGGCAGUUGGGAUGAAGCAAGUCAACUUUGUGCAGUUCUUUUUUUAUUUGCAUUACAUGUACAUCCUGUAGAUUCUACAGCUUCAUGGGCUAUUCAUGGGAAAGAUCAAUUUAAAAACUUAGUUUCAGUAUGGUAUAGAGAAGGAUCGUACAGAUGUAGCCAGGCUGGUAACGUUCUUCAGGAUUGUGCAAGAAAUAAUGUCAAGAAACUGAUGAAUAAGAUUAAUACAUUUUUCUUCACAGAAGCAUGGAGAGAAAAAAUUUAUCGGAAAAGUUUUGCAUCCAAACUGUAUCAACAACAUAUAAAACCUUCAUAUUUUUGCAAUCAUACAGUUUUUAAUCCACCUCUUCGUUUGUGUUUACCAAAUGAAUUAAAACGCUAUGAUGAAGUUUCGGAAGAAGUAUGGCCAGAUUCGUUACAUCAUCAUGUUUGGCUUGGUAUUAGAAGUCGACUUCAAAAUACUCAAAAGAAGGAUCAGACAUAUCCACAGCAGUAUUCACAUGUAUUUCCAGAAUUGCAAUUUUCUGUUCAUAAUCUAAAUCAAGCUGGUCCUGACACAUUAUGUAAAUUAGACAUUGAUGCAUUUUUAAAUGCUGCAGUUUUAUGUGCUGCUGUAAUGGUUGAAGAUCAGCAACAAAGAGGUUUCUUAACUCGAGAAAGACUUCCUACUUUACCAGCAGAUUUAACUAGUUCCCUUUGUACAUCUGCACAAGAGAAAUGGUGGUCAUAUGCAUAUAAAAUGUACUCUAGAAAAGAGACAUUAGAAGGGGAUUUAGGAGAGAUUAGACAAGAAUUACGACGCGGUUUAGAAGUUGUUCGUUGUAUCGGCAAUCAUGGUUUGCAUCCAGUAGUUCUGGUACAUUUAGCACGAUUAUUUCAUCAUAGGGUAAAAAUAUUAAAAGAAAAAGAUCCAGAGCAUCUUGACAUUAGGCCCUUAGAAGUUCGAUAUGAACUUUAUUGGUCAACUGUUAUACCUCUUCUUGAAAGAUUGCAAAAUAAUCAAACUAUACGUGUAACAAAUUCUAAAUUAUUUAAUUAUGAAGGAAAGAACAUGAGUAAUGCAGAAUUAACUAACGCUUUAGAAGAAGGUAAAUUACUUUUGGCUCAACGAUUUUUACGGAGUAAACAAUAUGAGGAAGCAAUUGAUGCAUUGCAAGUAUUGAAAUGCCCAGAAGCUACAUUUCAGCAAGGACAAAUUUAUAAAAUUCUUGCUGACGAAAUAGUCGAUUCUAUGCCUAGAGAAAGCUUAACAUCAGAAAUAAGAUCACAGCAUAUUAUUAUGCUCUCGAAAGCUAGAAAUUGUUAUUAUCUUACUUUAGAUCGAUUACGUAAUCCAGGAAUGAAUCUGGAACAUCCAUUAGAUUCGGAACUGUGUAUACAUAUUUCAGCUAUAGAAAAUGAAUUAAAAAGGAUCGAUCCAGAUUUAUCACAAGGAGACUUAAGUAGAAAUGAGUGUGAUGUGUUAUCAGAUGAAAGUUAUUCACCUGCACAUAGUGGAGUUGAUCAUCCUAUAACGAAUCCUAUAUCUUCUUUAACUGGAUUAGGCACUCCUGUGAAUAUAUUAAGUACACCACAAAAAAAUACUCAUCGUACUCCGAAACAAUCUAGUACACCUUGUAGACCACAACAUCAAGAUAUUAUGGAUUUAUCAAGGAAUCGCACGGAAGCACGCCCAAGUCCUGAACGUCUUGAUGCUCAGAUACGUCAAAUGAUGCAUACUAGAGAUACUGUUAUGCAAACAAUUAUAGAACAAAAUAAAAUGAUAAUGGAAAAGAUAGAUGAUUUAACAAAAGAAAUGGCAGAAUUAAGAAAAGAUUCUCAAAAACAACGUGUUCAACCAGUUAAUUUUAAUUCUAAUAUAGAAGACGAUUUAUAUGUUUUUGGCGAAGAAGACUAUGGUGAUAUAAAUUAUACAACCAAUCAGUCAGCACCAACAUCUUCCAUUUCUGGAAAUAUAUUUCCGCCAUCUCAUAGACAUCCUUAUUCACCAUUAGUAUAUCCACCAGCAACAGCUUUCCAAGGUUAUUAUCAAGGAACUAUACCAUUUACUGAUCCAAAUGCACAAGCAAUUCCACCUUUAUAUCCUCCGAAUGUUUAUCCAAUCCCUGUGUUGUAUCCUAAUCGACCUAAAGUACCAGACAUGUUACAGCAAGGUCUCUUUGCUGCAUCAAGAUUGGCAACUCAAUUGAGUGAUCUUAUACCACCAACAAAUAUAUCAUUGCAAAUGCCAAUGCAGAAAGUUGAAGUAACGAAGCCUCAAACUAUAGUAAAAGAUACUUCUACUAAGAAAUCUCCACCUGUAAAUGUUGUAAUAACUACUUCAGACACAUUACCAACUACGGUACCAUUAGUGCAACCUACUCUGAGUGUUACUAUUCCUGCUCAAUAUAGAAUGGGAAAUACUUCUACUGUUACAACUACUACAGAAUCACAGAAUGUACCACAUUGUUAUCAAAUCUCUAUGCCACCUCAAGCUACUAUUCCAACAACUAUCAAUUUAUCACCUUUGCCUGCAACGCUUACAUCAACACCUGCGAAUAUUUCACUAUCGGAAAUACCAAAAAGCAAUAAUAUUGAAGUACGCACAGCUAGUUCACCAAAUAGUUCUGCUGAACUACAUGAACCAGAACACGAUCCAAUACCAGAUUUUGUUCCUGUCAUCCCAUUGCCUGCUGAAGUUAAAGUUACAACAGGCGAAGAAGAUGAAGUUACAUUAUAUUGUGCACGCGCAAAACUUUUCCGUUUUGUGGAUAAGGAAUGGAAAGAACGUGGCGUUGGAAAUGUUAAAUUAUUACGAAAUGCAGAAGGGAAAGUUCGUUUGUUGAUGCGUAGAGAACAAGUUUUAAAAAUAUGUGCUAAUCAUAUGUUAAGACCUGAUAUGGAGUUAACUAGUAUGCCAAAUAAUGAUAAAGCUUGGAUUUGGGUUGCGAAUGAUUUUGCAGAUGAAGAAGUAAAAAUUGAAAAACUUUGUAUCAGAUUCAAAACCGCAGAAGAAGCUCUCUCAUUCAAACAACAUUUUGAUAGUGCCAGAGCCAGCUUAACAUCUAUUAAUGAAAAAGUAUUGAAUGAAACUGAUAAUAAAGCGGCGACCAAUGUUAAAAUUUCCGAAGGAGAGAACAAUUAUUCAUCAUCUCUCGUUACUUCAACAGUCAUAAAUAAUGUGCCGUUAGAAAAAGAAAAAACUGCCACAUCUACAGCUGUUGUUGGUGGAUUUUCCUUCACUUCAAAGCCAAUCAUUCAAACGGUUUCUACUGGAAUAGAAAGUACAUCUCAGAAACAAAAUGAAACACCGAAAGUAAGUCCAUUUGUGGGUUUUUCAUUCAAUAAACCUGAAUUCAACAAAACACCUGAGGUCAUAAUCACCUCGACAACAUCCAAAAAUGUAUCUACACCUAUAACAACAAUGCAAGGAACUGGUUUUACUUUCUCAAUUGGUAUGCGUGACGUAACUACAGUUACUACAUCUCAAACAGCAGCAAUUGUUUCUACAACUUCAGCGUCUCGUGUCCCAUUAAGAAGACUGCAUGCAUCUGCACCUGCAACAUUAAUUGCUCCAACUACAGCAAGCGGUAUCACUCAAAAAUCUGAACUACCUGGCCAAGAGGCAUGUGAAACAAAAGUUUUAUUUGAACAAAAAGCAACUCUUCAACGACAAUAUAAAGAUAAUAAAAACUGGGAGAAUAAAGGUACUGGACAGAUGAAAAUUAUAUUGAAUGUAAAAACAGGAAAUUUGAAUUUAUUAAUGCAUAGAGAAGAGGAUUCAAAAGUCUGUUAUAAUCAAGAUGUAUCAGCAGAAAUGAAAUUUAAUAUUAAGUCUAUAAGCAAAAAUGUUAUUAAUUGGAUUGUUUAUGAUGCUAAAGGAGAGAAUAAAUUGGAAUCAUAUUCUGUAACAUUUAAAAGCCUAGAGCAAGCAUCAAAAUUCUAUGAUAUUCUUAUAAAUGAUCAACAGAAAAAGAAAAAAGAUAAUAUUUCUAGUGAUGUGAAAAAAUAUGAAAAUAAAAAAAUAUCCGAAACAUCAAACGUAAUUGCAGAAAAUAAACAAGUACCAUUAUCAGAAUUAUUUAAGCCAUCUCCAGAUUCUUGGGAAUGUAAUGCAUGUUACACUAGAAAUGAUGGUAAACAAUCAAAAUGUCUAGCAUGUGGAGAAUCGUCUCCUCUUGCAACUUCUAGUGUACCUACUGGAGCAGUUGAAUCCACACCAUCUUCUCAACAAGUGCCACUUUCUCAGCUAUUUAAAAAACCUUCUGGUUCAUGGGAAUGUAAGGCAUGUUAUAUUUCCAAUUUGGAAACAUAUAAUUAUUGUAUUGCUUGUGAUAGUCCUAAAGAUCCAUCUAUGCCACCUAAACAAAAGACAAGUGGUUUCGGAUUAUCUUCUGAAUCAAAACCUACAUUUACUUUUGGUAUUCCUCAAGAAUCUAUUAAAGAUACAAGUGGAUUUACAUUUCGAAUAAACAAGUCAGUAGAUGGAGCUACAGAUGAAUCUGCGAGUAAAGUACAACUUAACACAGCAAUAAAAUCUAGUCCAAUAAUAGGCAUAUUUGGAGGAAUGCAACAACAAAGUACUUCAACGUCUCAAGACACACAAUUUACAUUUGGUUGUCCUGAGAAGUCUUUUGGCUUUAAUUUUACAGCAAAAUCACCCGCAAAAUCACCCGCCAAAUCACCUGCAAAAUCAUCUGGUGCUGCAGAAACUAGUGACGAAGAAGUCGUUGAAAGUGAUGAUAUUCACUUUUCACCGAUAAUUCCAAUGCCAGACGAGAUAGAAGUUAAAACUGGAGAAGAAGACGAGGAAAUACUUUAUAGUCAUAGAGCUAAAUUAUUUAGGUAUGAUUCUGUAGCUAAAGAAUGGAAGGAACGUGGAUUAGGUGAUAUUAAAUUAUUAAGGCAUCAUCAAACUAAAAAAUUAAGACUGAUAAUGAGACGAGAUCAAGUACUGAAAUUAUGUUUAAAUCAUUGUCUCUUACCAGAAGUAGAAUUUAAACCAAAAGAUGAAAAAACUUGGCUGUGGAAUGCUGCAGAUUACAGUGAAGGAGCAAUUGAGUACAUGCAAUUUGCGUGUCGUUUUAAAACUUCAGAAAUUGCAGCAGAUUUUAAAAAAGCUAUUGAUAAUGCUAGAAAAUCAGAAAAAUUAUCAUCAAACAAUGAAAUUGUUCAAGACGAGCAAAUACAACAACAAAAUACAAAGUCCUCUCAAGAUAUUCAAAUUAUAUAUGAAUUAAAAGUUACACCUGAAGAGAGAGAUGCUGCUUUAAAAUUACAAUUGCCAGAGAAUUUUUAUGCUUAUAAGCAAAAAGAGGAUUGUCCAGGAUGCAUAGGAUGCAAAGAAUCAAGUACACCACUAAUUGAAGAUUCACAAGCUCAAGGAGAAUUAAAGACUAAUGGAACUUCAAGUUCAACAAUUUUAACUUCAAAGACAUAUAUUGCUCCCGUGAAUACAAAUUCACACAUUAAUGAAAUUAAAACUUCAGAUAAUGGAAAUGGAAAAGCUCAAACAAAUGCUUCUACUAGAAUUUCAUUUGUGACAAAAUCAGAUAAUUCUGAUGCAAAAAGUGCAGUCACGGUUAAACCAAAUACAUCUACUACUUCUAAUAUAUUUGGUUUUUCUACAUUAUCUGUUGAAGACAAAUCUACUCCUUUCAAUGACAAGAAAUCAGCUGGAUUUUUAUUUGGAGCGUCGGUUUCUUCUCAACCGACAUUAAAUGAUAACUUGAUAACAAGUGGAUCAAUUGAUCAGUCUAAUAAAUCUACAGAGGAUUCAAAUAAUACGCUAUCAAAAUGGUUUGGUAAUAGUAAUGUAAAAAUUUGUGAACCAGUUGGUACGAAUCAACAAUCUAGCAGUUUUCCUACUUCUGUUGGGAAUUUAUUCAACAAGCCACAAUUUAUUCCUAGUAAAUCACUUGUAAUGCCUAACUUUGGAUCUAGACUAGAAAUCAGCACAACAUCAAAACCGAUAGAUACAGGAUUAGUAGAAUCAUUUUUAAAUACAACAGGAAGCAGUUCAUCAUUAACUUUUACAAACACAUUUAGUAAUUUAUCUACAACAACUAACACUACUACUCCCAGUUCGACAACAAUAUUUGGUAUGACAACCAAUACAAUAUCAACUGGAAAUGCUUUUAGAACUGGCUUUGGAACGAUGGGUGCAAUCUCAUUAGUUGGUAAUACUUCAGCACCAUUUUCAAGUAACUUAAACUUUGGUGCAGCUGAUUCUACAUUACCAGAAGACACAUCUAACAAAGAUGAUAAUAUUGGUGAUUUCUUGACACAAAGUAAUUUAACAUUUUCUUCUUUAGCUCAGAAAGGCCCACAACUAGAAGCCUUUAAAAAAGAUCCGAACUUUUCUUUUACUGGAACUGGCUCAUCUGUGUUCGGUUCAAAAAUAACUUCAUCGGUUCCUAAUAAAUCAACAACAACAGAAGAAAUAAAACAAAACCAACGAGAUAAAGAUAAAAAAGAUGAUAACGACGAAGAUGAAUGUAAUGAAAAUGAAAAUGAUCAGGAACAUGAUCCUCAUUUUGAACCUAUUAUUCCAAUGCCAGAUGCUAUUGAAGUACGAACUGGUGAAGAAGAUGAAGAAAAAAUAUUUUGUAAUAGAGCCAAGUUAUAUAGAUACAAUAAUGCUACAAAAGAAUGGAAAGAAAGAGGAGUUGGAGAAAUGAAAAUCUUACAUCAUGCCAAAUAUGGAUCAUAUCGAUUAUUAUUACGUAGAGAACAAGUUUACAAAGUUGUAUGUAAUUUUCUAAUCAAACCAGAUACAGAGUUCCGUCCGCUUUCUACGUCGGAUCGAGCAUGGAUAUGGGCAGGUAUGAAUCAUGCGGAAGAAACUCCAUGUGUCGAAGAGCUUGCAGUUAAAUUUAAAACUUCAGAGUUGGCAGCACAAUUUAAGGAAAUUGUCGAGAAAGUACAACAAACACUACGUGAAAGACAAAGUGAACAAGAUAUCAAAUAUAACAGAGGAAUUGUGCAAGAAGAUCAAGAAUGUGUUGAUGAGAUUGAUGAUGAAAUCGAUGAUCAAGAGGAUGUUGAUGAUGAAGAUGAUCAUGAUGAGGAUGAAGGUUCAUUAUUUUUUGAAAAAAGAGCCACCUUAUAUACAAAAUCAAAUGAUGGAACAAAAUGGAUACAGAUAGCUUUAGGAACAUUGGCAAUAUAUUAUGAUUCAAAUAUUUUUGGUGAAAAAAUAAUAUUUAAAGCUGAUGGAUCUGGAGAAAUGUUGAGUAAUACGAUAAUUAGUAUGACCACCGAAAUGCAGCUCGAAGGGAAAAAGUGUAUUUGGACUGCUAUCGAUCAUGCUUUAGAGCCUCCUACAAGCCGUACUUUGAAAGCAAUUUUUUCAUCUCCACAAGCAGCGGAACAAAUGCAUAAAAUUUACAUAUGUGGAUUGGAAUGUGCUAAACAAGCCGAUAUUAGUGAACAAGUAGAGGAAAAAUAAGAAAGUUCUUUGUAAUAGCUAAUUAUUACGAUCUCCCUUGUAAACAUAGAAUGUAUUGUUAUUGAAGUCUCACUAGAGGAAAUUUUUUACUGUACUUUUUAUGUUUUCAAGACAUAGUCUAUAUACAAACAAAUGACAUUGAUGUAGAUAUUACAUGACUAUUGUUAUUAUACAAUUCUCUAUUUUAGUCCAUGUAUUUAUCAAAAUAGUAUAAGCAACAAAAAAAGAAUGUUUUCAUAAUUUUAUUCUGUAUUUGAUAUCUCUAAGAAAAACAAAGUAACAAGAGUAAAUUGAAAUACUCGAUAAAUAAAAAGAAGUGUGUGCCAAUCAA